GGAAGGAGGUAUCAGAACUGGUGAUUCAUGUGCGUAUGUGCAGCGCUCUGAUGAGACCGGCCGCCAUCUUUACUCCAUCAACAGCACAUCGCUGCCGGUGGGGCGGAACACCACUCAUCGACCCAGUUGAUUUCUAGGAACCGCCGACAGACCUGGCGCUCCGCCGUGUGUUUUUCUCUCUCCCCCCCCACUGAAGAAUCGCCGCGUUUCGACCCCGUUUCGCCUCCUCCAGCUGCCGCACCUCGACACACGAUGGGAGAGCGAGAGGACCUCGUUUACCAGGCGAAGCUGGCCGAGCAGGCAGAGCGAUAUGACGAGAUGGUGGUGUCUAUGAAGAACGUGGCGGGCAUGGACGUGGAGCUCACGGUGGAGGAGAGGAACCUCCUGUCGGUGGCCUACAAGAACGUGAUCGGCGCCCGGAGAGCCUCCUGGAGGAUAAUCAGCAGUAUCGAACAGAGGGAAGAGAGCAAGGGCGGGGAGGAGAAGCUGAAGAUGAUCCGGGAAUACAGGCAAACGGUUGAGAAGGAGCUGAAGUCAAUCUGUGGUGAUAUUCUGGAUGCACUGGACAGACACCUACUCCCCUCUGCUGUCAUGGGAGAGUCUAAAGUCUUCUACAACAAAAUGAAGGGGGACUACCACAGGUACCUGGCAGAGUUUGCCACUGGCAACCACAGAAAGGAGGCGGCAGAGAACAGCCUGGUGGCCUACAAAACGGCCACCGACCUCGCCAUGUUGGAGCUCCCGCCCACGCACCCCAUCCGCCUCGGCCUCGCCCUCAACUUCUCCGUCUUCUACUACGAGAUCUUAAACUCUCCCGACCGCGCCUGCAGGUUGGCGAAGGCCGCGUUUGACGACGCCAUCGCAGAACUGGACACACUGAAUGAAGACAGCUACAAGGACUCCACACUUAUCAUGCAGUUGUUACGUGACAACCUGACAUUAUGGACUUCAGAUAUGCAGGGAGAAGGUGAAGAACAAAACAAAGAGGCACUGCAAGACGUUGAGGACGAGGCCCAGUGAGACGAUGCCACCAACAGCCAACAACUUGAGCCCCUCCCCCUCCCACCUGCAGCCCUCCCCUCACCAUCCCCUUCUCCCCCCUCCCCUUCCCUUUUUCCUUUCUUCCACCACUGCAGCUCGGUGACCCCAGCAGGGCCCACGGAGCCAACAAGUUUUAUUUUUCUCUUCUUUUUUAUUUUUAUAUUAGCCCUUACAUCAUUCAAGUCAAUAGCACUUAAUUGAGACAGGAAACACGAUGUUAGAAAGUCAAAGAUGAAGAGCGUCCCUGGGUUGUUUUGGUGUUUUUAUGUCCUGGUACAAGCGGUUCUGAAACCUUAUCUUCGUUUUCAUUAUUGUAUUUUUUUUGUUCGUUUUUUUUUUUUUCAAUAUUUGUAUCGGUUGCUGGAUGUAUUGAGAAUUUUUUCUUAAUGUAAUUACAGAAAUUAACUUUUAUGGGAGCUAUUUUUUUUUUUAGUGCUCGUAUUUUUUUUGUGAAUUGUCAUGCGGAUCAUUUUAUCUUUUUUUUUGUUGUUGUCGUUUGUUGUCGUUGUUGUCGUUGGGCAGUUUGGAAAACUACAAGUGCCCCUUUUUUUUUUUUUUUUUUUUUUUAACUUAGGAUUUCAGAGGAAGUUUGGCAAAAAUUCGCGAUAUCCACGUUGGAGCAAAAGGAGCUUAACUUUUACACCGUAGUGAUUCUGUUGUCAUGUUUUUGUAGUUGUACUUUGUGCUGAAAUACUGUAACCGUGCACACAUGCUGAAUCUCCCGAGGUCGACUUAUCGCUAGUUGGUGGUUUUAAUUAAACAAACUAAAAAAAAAGUUCACUCAAGUCUCGAUUCGGCCCCUAAAAUACAAAAAGGAUCGUCAGUGCUCGCAUAAGUUAACACAUUCUCCCCCCCUACUUUCUUCCUUUAAAAAAUAACAAAAACAAAAAAAAACCUCCCCUUGAGUUCAGAGGUUUCUUUCUUUUUUUGCGGUUUCAUUUUCGUUUCUCCUUAUUUUUUUGCUUCAUUAUGUGUAACGUGGAGCUGAUUUGUACUACUGGAUAUCUGACUGGAGCCACAGACAGGGAAUCUGUAUUGUUCUUACUGAAACACAGCAUGGAAUUAACAUUAAACAAUCUAAAUUAAACGUUA